GAGCGCUUUGCAGUGGCGUUAGCGAUCUGUCGUUAGCACAUCAAUACACUGUAGUAGAAGUCGUCAGAAACAGUUCACUCAUGCUGGACAGUAAGCCCUCACGAUCGCCAAGUGAUGAUUACUUUAUUAUAAAGCGACUUCACAUUUGUAAUGCAUUGAUUUUCUUUAUAAAAGUGCUAGGCCUUGGUUGUACUGUAACGUCUAACUGGUCUGUCUUAGUAAAUUAAAACUAUGGAGAGCAACUCAAAAUGUAAAAAAUCUUUUUAAACAUCUCCUGGAACUUACUUGAAACUUUUUUGGGGACAGACACAACUGGAAUUCAUGCCGAAUGCUAAUUUGCCCUAUCCAUUUUUGUCUGGAUUUUCAGAAUGAACGGCAUGCAACAAAAUGACUUCAAAAGACAAAAUCUGUUAGAGAGACUUCUUGAUGCGGUUAAACAGUGCCAAAUUCGCUUUGGCGGCAGGAAGGAGAUUGCCUCAGAUUCUGAUAGCAGGAUCAUAUGCCUGUGUGCCCAGUUUGAAACAGUUCUUCAACACGGCUUGAGGAAAAGUCGAGGGUUAGCCCUCACAGCAGCUGCUAUAAAACAAGCUGCUGGACUUGGCAGUAAAACUGAAGCAGAGCUGACGUUCUGGUUUUAUGUGAAGGAGCACCUCAACCGUCAUGAGUUGCAGCGCUUCUACUCUCUGCGGAAUAUCACUUCUGAGCUGGGCCGUGGCAGAGCAUGGCUUCGCUGUGCCCUGAACGAGCAUUCUCUAGAGCGAUAUCUUCACAUGCUGCUGGCUGACCGAGCCCGCCUUAGUGCCUUCUAUGAAGACUGGGCUUUUGUCCUUGAUGAGGAGAGAGCAAGUAUGCUGCCCACAAUGGCUGCAGGGCUCAAUUCCAUCCUGUUUGCCAUCACAAUUGACAACACUGAUCUAAACGGGCAGACCCGCAGGGGGUCGUCUGUGUCCGACCUGCUUAAGGAGUCCACACAUGGCAUGAGCAGUCUUUGGAAGGAGUCUGCUCAGGGUGUCAGCACGCUGCUGCGGGAAAUCGGUACUGCUACUGCUGUGGUUCCUGGUUUCAUCCCACGCACAGAUGCUCUAUCAGACCCACUGCCUGUCCUGCCCAGAAGCACUUCUGCAGAUUCUGGUUUGAGGAAGGAGCGCAGACGUAAAAAGAAGAUUACAAACAUCAUCUCCUUUGAUGAUGACUUGGACGUAGGUGCGGAAGAUGAGGAUGAGGCAGGUGAGGACAUCGUUAGGACUCUCAGGAAGAGUGCAGUGGGCUAUGUGAAUUCUGAAGAGUCUCUAGAUCCUCUCAACUCCACCUCUCCAACUCAGAAUGGGCUGAUCGAGACAGGGAUUGUGAGCUGGGCCGAAACUCCCCCACAGAAUGGAGUCCUGCAUGAGAGCAAGCGCAUUGAUAAUGAAGAGGAGGAAGAGGAUGAUAGUUAUGGAAAGAGUAGGACUGAGCCCCAAGAGGAUCAUGGGAGUGGAGAGCCGAUGGUUGUGAGGAGCUUGUCCAGUGUUUCCACUUGGAGCCCAAGGCAGAUCAUCACUGACAGUGACAACUCACAUAUUCUCAUACCUCUGGCCCCUUCUGAGCCCUUCACCCAACAAGCUUGUAGUUCAGUUGAGAAUGUAGAGUUUCAUGGACAGAAGGAGAGCUCUAGCAUGCCAACUGACAGCGAAAAUGCAAGAAGCCAGCUGCAGUUUAGCAUGGAGCCCAACUCACCACCACAGAUUGCUCCUGUGUCCAGUGUUCUGCUGACCCCUGGCCUUCCUGAGUCCAUGAACAUUGCUGAACUACGGCAAGCCAUUGUGGUCAUGAUGAACAGGAAGGAUGAGGUCAUGGAGCAGAACACGUCUCUGCGCAGUCUCCUGGAUGGGGAGAUGGAGCACUCUGCUGGGCUCAGGCAGGAGGUGGACAGUUUGAAGAAGAAACUGGCUGAGCUAGAAGAGAGACAUGCUGCCAAAGUACAGGCCCUCAUGAGAGAGAAUGAAGUUCUGAAGGUCCAGCUGAAGAAGUAUGUUGGUGCUGUCCAAAUGCUGAAACGGGAAUGCAGCCAAGGCAAUGAUGCAUUAGCUAUUCAGAGGAAUUGUGAUUAUCCCCCUCCAGUCCCCCAAAACAGAUCUGUGGCUGAUAUAGAGGACCUGGCUGCCAACUAUGAGCGUAAACUCAUCGAGGUGGCUGAGAUGCACGGGGAGCUGAUAGAGUUUAAUGAGAGGCUGUACCGCUCUCUCAUAGCCAAAGACAACCUGAUCGGACAGAUGAGACAGGAGCUUAUCGACUUGCGUGGCCCAGUGCCAGGGGACCUGAGCCAGACCUCUGAAGAUCCCAGCCUAUCUGACUUUGAGACAACUCAGCGUGCUCUUGUCAACGUGUGGAUCCCUUCAGUGUUUCUUCAAGGUCGGGCUGCCAACGCUUAUCAUGUAUAUCAGGUGUACAUUAGAAUCCUGGACAAUGAGUGGAAUGUGUACCGGCGCUACACUGAGUUCAGGGCCCUGCACAAUUACCUGCGCUCGCAAUUCCCACAGGUCGACACCUUCAAUUUCCCGCCUAAAAAAGCCAUUGGCAACAAGGAUGCCAAAUUUGUGGAGGAGAGGAGGAAACAGCUGCAGUCGUACCUGCGUAUGUUGAUGAAUAAACUGAUCCAGACACUGCCUGAAUUCACUGCCCAGCCCACCAAGGAGACCUUACUGCAGUUACUGCCUUUCUGCCAGGACACCCCAGCGGCCAAAGAGAGUGGAACCAAAACUGCCCGAUCUAAAGCCUCUAGCAGGUUCCCCAAGCUGGGUCGCAGCUCGGGGAGGGAAGCCCGCAACCCUGAACCACAAAGUGGUGACCUUUAACCUCUGACGAACAGGUCUGAUGAUGCAAAAACUUCUGCUGACUUUUAGAAUCUGAAUUGUUAACUUAAGUGUCUGAGGCAGUUGAACCAGGUGUGAGGUGUACUAAGAAUUCCCUUAAUUCUCAGAACUCAUCCGUAUGACUUGACUGAAUCCAGGAUCUUCUCUUCUAUAAUGGAUGUACACACCGCCACAGUUGAAGACUUGUUGGUCCAAGAACCGACAAGCAGAAUCAGCAAGAUUGCCGGAUGGAAUUUUUGGCAAAUACAUAUGGAAUAUCUCAGUUUAGUGGUGAAAAUUUCAGUUACUAUUGUGCCUAGUGUUUUAUAACAGAUGUUGUUUGUGGGGAAAGCCAGGAUGUACUGCAGUGAGAUGAAACUUUUAUGAGACUGCAAUGAGAAUUGUGGUAUCAUCUGGAAAUAACUUGCACAUCAUCAUGAUUUUCUCUUCACAUGGGAAUUUUUUAUUUUUUUUGUAAACAUUUACCGUGCUGUGUAUGAGGCACAAUAAUGUUGGAUGUAAUUCUAUUGUGAAUGCAUUAUAAUACAGUAGAUGUACCAAGCAAUCAUUCCCCACCUUCACCAAUAUGUAGAAGUUCACAAAUCAGUAUUACAGAAAUCAGGAGCCUUUAUAUUUUAGAUGAAAGUCUGUUGAUGGUCAAAACGUGAAAAUAAAGCUUAUAAAUUGUUAGGCAGAGCCCUCGUACUCCUGUCGCUGAGAGACUUCCAUUGGAAAUUUCCUGUGCUGCCAUUAUCCUAUAUAACCUAGAGUGUACUGUUACAUAGAAACUAGUGCAGUCGGUGCAUAUUGUAUUGUGCAGACUGAACAGAAGAGAUUUUCUUAGCAGGGAAGUCUCCGAUGAAUGAAGGCGCAAAUAAUUUUGCCUUAUUUUAACUCCAAGCACAAUGGUGAUUGGCCAAAUUUAAGAUAAAAUCGUUUUUUUGUUUCUGACAAGUGACAGCGCAACUGUUAUGUAAAUGGGGAUCAUGACAUGUUUUGAAUAUCAAAUUAAGAUUCUGUUCACCUGGAAGCAUUGAUGGCUGAAGAGUAGCAGAUCUAUUGUGUGCUUUACAUAUUUGUCUGUCAGCAACUUUUUGUACUACUAGUACACAACUGUAUAUGAUGGUAUUUCUCAAACAGAGAAGCUUUCUGUCAAAAGUUGGUGUGACGAGAAGCAGCUAUUUUUGCAGUGGCACUGCAGCCCACCUUAGAGUGCAAGAGCUUCAUGAAUACAUUAAUAAAUGCAAAUUGA